CUUUUGUUUCAAGAUGCAUGCAGCAAAUCCCCAUUAUUUUUGUUCUGCGCAAAUUUCAGUAUCAUUGUUUUCUUUUUUUUGCAAGAGUUGCAGCCACACAAGAUGACAGAACCUCGUAUGAUUGUAGCGUUUGAGAAGGACAGCUUGCCUGCUCACCUGAACCGUCUGAUUGCCGAGAUCAGCAGCGCAGCCAUCAAGGAACGUGGCGUGUUCACGAUUGCUCUGAGCGGAGGAUCUUUGCCGUCAUUUCUGGAGGAACUGGAAGACGCGUUUACUACGAGUUACGGCGACGAUGACGAAGAAGAGGAGGAGAUGGAGAUGAACGAGUCCAAAUGGCACGUGAUUCUCGCCGAUGAACGUUGCGUGCCUUCGAGUGACGCGCAAUCGAACUUACGAGAACUUAAAAAGUUGCUCUUUUGCAAAACGGGAUCACUUCGCGAUUUGCCCAAAAACCAGAUCCACGGAAUCAACGAAUCUCUACUCGAAGAAAGCGCCGACGCCGUCGCUCAGGAUUACGAAGCAACGGUCAAGUCAGUAUUGGAAAAAUCAGGUGGAUUUCUAGAUUUGGCCGUUGUUGGAUUUGGACCCGAUGGACACACGUGCAGUUUGUUCCCGGAUCACGAAUUGCUGAAAGAAGAAACCAAGUUGGUCGCGGCCAUCACCGAUUCACCAAAGCCGCCUUCGUCUCGUGUCACUCUCACUUUGCCCGUGUUAAACACCAUGACUAGAAACGUCAUUGUCUGUGGAGCCGGAUCUUCCAAGGGACCCAUCCUCAGAAACUCAUUCCUUAGUCUAGCCAAAAACACAGACACGCCUUACAAAGUGCCCAGAGGAGCUCUAUACAAGAUUCAGAUGGAAGAUCCGGCUCCUUAUCCUUGUGCCAUGGUAGCGCCCAACAUUGAAGGGGUCGAAAACACCCUCACUUGGAUUGUAGAUGCAGAGGCAAUGUCUUCAGGAGAAAGUGCUCCCUCUCCUUACUAACCUCACUUAAGAAGAGUAAGCACAAAACAACACACAAACAAAACAAACACAACAACACAAAACAAAGAAAGCACAAAACAAACGCAAAGAAAAAGCACAGAACUGUUUUUUGUGUACCAAUCUACGAAUUAAUUGUUUCUGCCAGUUCAUUCAUUGGACUCGUAUCGCUUUCAAUUUUUUAUUUUAAUAUCAAUAAUAGUAAUUAUUUCCUUAGUUAGGAACACCC